AUGGCACAGCGACUGAUUGACAGUUUAGCUAUAUCAAAGUUUCGUUUGCUCUCAGUCUAUCUGCAGCUGCAAGAUCUGCUCAGUGACUACGUGCAGCCGUGCGUCAUGGAUUGCAAAGUGGGUGUGCGCACCUACCUGGAGGAGGAGCUGUCCAAGGCCAAGGAGAAGCCCAAGCUGCGCAAGGACAUGUACGACAAGAUGAUACAGAUCGAUGCCCAGGCGCCCAAUGCCGAGGAGCACGCGGCCAAGGCGGUGACCAAGCCACGCUACAUGGUCUGGCGCGAGACCAUCUCGAGCACUGCAACGUUGGGCUUUCGCAUUGAGGGCAUCAAGAAGAGCGAUGGCACCAGUUCCAAAGAUUUCAAGACGACCAAGUCACGCGAACAAAUCAAAUCGGCCUUCAGAGAGUUCCUCAGCGGCCAUCCACAUAUUCUGCCACGGUACAUACAACGCUUACGAGCCAUACGGGCCACCUUGGCCGUCUCAGAGUUUUUCCAGACUCACGAGGUCAUUGGCAGCUCGCUGCUGUUCGUGCACGAUCAGACGCACGCCAGCGUUUGGCUAAUUGACUUUGCCAAGACGGUGGCCCUGCCGCCACACAUGAGGAUCGAUCAUUAUUCGGCCUGGAAGGUGGGCAAUCAUGAGGAUGGUUAUUUGAUUGGCAUCAACAAUCUCAUCGAUAUAUUCGUCGAGCUGCAGGCGGCCAAUGAAGUGGAGUCUGUAGCGGACGCCGUUUCGGGCUCUGGCUCCGGCUCCGGUUCUGGCUCGGGUUCAGCGUCUGGUUCCGGUUCGGUUUCGCCAGCGCCCGCAUUCAGCGGUCAGGAGGAGGAGCCCAGCAAAAUGUAAAGGGCACAGCAAGAAAACAAUCUAAAAUAAUAUAUAGAUAUAUACACUCGGAUAUAUAUUUAUAUAGAACUAUUUAGCUUACGAUUAUACUGAAGCGUUCCAUGGGGCUGCGCCCCGCCAAGGACAUUUCCUAGCACAUUCCACAGAAAUGUGUUAAAACAAAACAAAAUCAAAUAUCAAAUAUCAAUUAACCAUAAUCCAAACUUAGUUUUAUGCAUAUAUGUAUAUGUAUGUACCUUUUUUUUUGUUUUUUUUUUCUCUCUCUCUUUAACCCGUUAAGUUUAAAAUCAAAGACUGA